UCCGCGCUCAACAAGGUGAGCCUCAACCCCCUUCCCCUCCUUCUCCUGCCUCUCUGGCCCCUCUCUUCCAGCACGCUCUGCCCCCAGCCUCAGCAGCCCUCACGCCUCCCCACCGCCAGGCUCCCCACAGCCCCACACCAGCCUCCCCACUCCCUCGCCCUCCUGCAAUACCGCUCCUCGCACCCCCACGCCCCUGCGCUUGCUCAACAGCCUCUCGUCCCUUCCAGGGCUCCUCCACACCACACACAUGGCCUGCUACAACGCCUGCCGCUCCUGGGGACCCACCCCGCUGGCCAACAGCUGCAACGAGCCCUGUUCCCUGCAGUGCCAGGACUCCCGCGUCGUCAUCCAGCCUCCCGCCGUGCUGGUCACCCUGCCAGGACCCAUCCUCACCUCCCACCCCCAGAGCACCGCCGUCGGAUCCUCCUCAUCGGCUGCCGUGGGCAACGAACUCAGUGCCCAGGGAGUUGCCAUCAACUCCGGGGCCUUCGGCUACGGCAACGGCUAUGGCUUUGGAGGCCUGGGCUGCUUUGGCGGCAGAAGGGCUGGAUACAUCUGCUAAGGGCCCUCGCCACCACCCCUGACGGACACCACCUACCGCAUUGAAGCUACGCCAUGGAUUGUGGACUCACCUCUGGACCCUUCUUGCCACGUGGACCUGCUGUCCAUGGCUCUUCCUCUAAAGGAGCCACGAAGAUCUUGGUGCUCUGGCAAGAUCUAUGUCACAGAAGCAACCUCAGCUGAUGGUCACCCUACGUGCAGCAUAUACUUGUCACCGCCUACUUGGUGCUCCUGCCUUUUCACUCUUUUGUUUCCUCAAUAAAGGUCUCUUGCAUCCCAGCCUGAGACAUCUCGCUUUACUUUCUUCUCUCAAGGCUCUUCCAACCUCACCCAGCACAAAGCCAGGGCUCAAGAAGCAAACUGGACAGGGGGGAAAAGGGCCACAAGACUUCUCCCAGGAAAUAUGUCACCUCCUAUACCACCAAGAACACAGACCAGAAUCUGGGGUACUUCCACAACAUGAUACAAGCCCAUCACUGGACCAAAGAAAGAUUUUGACACGAGAACACUCUCCUCAACAUGCCUCUGGUUGGACCUCCCUGUGACAACACACACUUGACCAUCUUCCUUCCCCAGCAUCACUCUCCGGCUCCACCAGGAGCAGAAUCACAGAAUCAUUUAGUAUUUAGACUUUCCUCACGGGUUCACGGGUCCUGCCAAUUCCGUGGUCCAACACAGGCUUCCUACAGGGUCACACCUCCUGUGCGUGCACCCACCUGCUCCAGCGUCAGGUGCUCUACAGGCUCCAGGUGGUCAUCUCCUCCACUGUGGACAACCCUU